CAAAAAACCAUCUUCUAACCUUCUACUUUCCUCGAUCUCCCUUUUCCCACAAGCCUAUUGAUGAAACUUCCUCACAAAAACCAGAAAAUUUGAUCUUCAUGACCAAAAAUCUCUGCACAGAAGCCUCGAUCUUUGAACUGGGAGUUUAGGUAGCGAAACUGGCAGCAACACGAGCGGGGAUGACCCCAUUAUUGCCUUCCCAUCAUCGACUUUAUUAGUCAAAAGGAGUCGGAGAGAUUAGGUGGUGUCCAAGAUGGUGCUUUCACAAAGAUUUCCACCUCCAUUGACGACGAUGAGGUUUAUAGGUUACAAAUCGGAAGCAAUGGAUGACGGAGAACUCGAUUUCUCCAACCACGAGAUGUUUGUGGGUGAUACCCCGAGCAGUGGUUCCAUGAACAGCUUCUUCGAUGAAAUCUUCAACGACACACACGCGUGUACUCAUAAGCACACAUGUAAGAAUCGUCCAUCAGGAAACCGGGAAGCUGUGAGAAAGUAUCGUGAAAAGAAGAAGGCGCGUGCUGCUUCAUUAGAAGACGAAGUAGUUAGAUUGACAGCAUUGAAUCAACAAUUGAUGAGAAGAGUUCAGAGUCAAGUAAGAUUAGAAGCAGAAGUAGCGAGGCAAAAGUGUUUGCUUGUGGACAUUAGAGGGAGAAUCGAUGGAGAAAUCGGAUCUUUUCCUUAUCAAAAACUCCACCAUCCGGUGGGUAAACAGAAUUGGUAA